CGACAAUCGAGGGCUACGAUUUCAACAAGGGAGUGGACUAUCAUGAGGUUCUCAAGUCCAUGGUGUCCACUGGCUUCCAGGCCUCCAAUCUUGGUGAUGCUAUUCAACUCGUUAAUGAAAUGAUUGGAGGCUUUCAGAUGAGAAUCUGACAGAAGAAUGCAGUGAAGAGGAGAGUGACCCAACUUACAGAAAGUCCGUGAAGUGCAAAGUGUUUCUUGGUUUCACAUCCAACCUGAUUUCUUCAGGCGUUCGAGACAUAAUCCGGUAUCUUGUUCAGCAUCGCAUGGUUGAUGUAGUGGUAACGACAGCCGGUGGUGUAGAGGAGGACCUUGUAAAAUGCCUUGCGCCGACAUACAAAGGUGAAUUUUCUCUUCCUGGAGCUGCUCUACGUGCAAAAGGGUUGAACCGCAUUGGUAACUUGUUGGUUCCUAAUGACAACUACUGUAAAUUUGAGGACUGGAUCAUUCCAAUUUUCGACCAGAUGUUUGAUGAACAAACUUCAAUGAAUACAUUGUGGACUCCAUCUAAAGUGAUUUCUCGAUUGGGUAAAGAAAUCAACGACGAGAGUUCAUACUUGUACUGGGCACACAAGAACGAUAUUCCUGUAUUCUGUCCUGGCUUAACAGAUGGUUCGCUGGGUGAUAUGUUGUACUUCCAUUCCUUUAAAAAGGAGCCUGGUCUAGUCAUUGACAUUGUGCAAGAUAUUAGGGCCAUGAAUGGCGAGGCGGUCCAUGCUGGUCUCAGGAAGACUGGAAUGGUAAUUCUUGGAGGGGGGCUGCCCAAGCAUCAUAUAUGCAAUGCAAAUAUGAUGCGCAAUGGUGCGGAUUAUGCUAUAUUUAUCAACACAGCACAAGAGUUCGAUGGAAGUGAUUCUGGUGCCCGUCCCGAUGAAGCAGUGUCCUGGGGCAAAAUUCGAGGUUCUGCUAAGACAGUUAAGGUGCACUGUGAUGCAACUAUUGCUUUCCCUCUCCUGGUGGCAGAAACAUUUGCUGCCAAGGCAAAAAGAUCAGUCGAUGCCACUUCUUGAGUUAAAUUUGGGGCCCUGUAGUUCAUAUUCGUCUACGAAUUCAGAUGGAUAAGAAGAAAUUAUUUUAUAGCGAAUUUUUUCGCCAGACAAUCCCAGGAUCUUACUCAUAUUUGAAAGGUUUUCUUUUUCCCGGGAUCAUUAGGGCGGUCAUUAACUGUGUCCCGCAUCUUUCAAAUUCAUUUUAUUGCGUUUCUUGAAGAGGAGCUGAACUAGUGUUUUAGUCGUCAUCAUAUUUGGAUUGUAUCAUACGAUGGUCGCCAUUAAUUUAUAAUGUCAGACGAAGUUUGUCAUGUAUUGAAGGAAUAACUAGCAUUGUAUUUCUGGAUUCGAUUUCAUGACUUGAGAAGUCUUACUAUUAUAGCAUUGUAUUUCUGGAUUCGAUUUCA